AUGCCUAGCUUUACCGUCUUCAAGGGUGGCAAGGAUGGCGCGCCCAAGAAGUCCACCACCCAGAAACCCGACCAGCUCGUCGGGGACCAGGUGCUUGUGAGAGUUACAGCAUCUGGCGUUUGCGGAACCGAUCUACACUACCUGAAAGAAGACAUGGUCCUUGGCCACGAGGGCGUUGGCGUCGUCGAGAGCGUCGGUCCCGACACCAAAUACCUCAAGAAGGGCGACCGCGUGGGCUGGGGCUACGAGACCGACAGCUGCGGCCACUGCCACGAGUGCAUCUCCGGGGAGGAGGUCUUCUGCGCCGAGCGGGCCAUGUACGGCGGCGCCCACCCCGACCAGGGCAGCUUCGCCUCGGGCGCCAUCUGGCGCGAGGCCUUCCUGCACCCCAUCCCCGACGCCAUCACCGACGAGGACGCCGCGCCCCUGCAGUGCGGCGGCGCCACCGUCUUCACCGCCCUCUACGACGUCAAGCCCAACGAGGUCGUCGGCAUCAUGGGCGUCGGCGGCCUCGGCCACCUGGCCAUCCAGUUCGCCGCCAAGAUGGGCUGCCGCGUCGUCGUGCUCUCGGGCUCCGACAGCAAGCGCGACCAAGCCCUGGCCCUGGGCGCCCACAAGUUCGUCGCCAUGAAGAAGGGCCUCGGCAGCAGCCGCGCCGACGAGCUCAGCGGCGGCGGCUCCUGGCUGCUCGACCGCCUGCUGGUCACCACGGCCGCCCAGCCCGCCUGGGACGCCCUCCUGCCCAUGAUGGCCCCCAAGUCGCGCAUCUACCCGCUCUCCGUCUCCGCCGGCAACCUCGUCAUCCCCUACAUGCCGCUCAUCCUCCAGGGCAUCACCGUCCAGGGCUCGCUCGUCGCCACCAGGACCGUCCACCGCGAGAUGCUGUCCUUUGCUGCCGUCCAUGGCAUCCGGCCUGUCGUCCAGACCUUCCCUAUGACCGAGGAGGGUAUCAAGGAGGCUCUGGAUAAGUUGGAGCAGGGUAGGAUCAAGUACAGGGCUGUCCUGGUGGCGCAGUGA